AUGUGGAGCAAAAUGGAGAAGAAGAUGUUACAUAUCGUAUGGCUGAAAGAGUUUCAAAUUUUCAAGGACAAGUCCAGUGCCAUUGAUAAUGGUACUGGUGUCAGUAGGGAGCUUACUGAGAUGAUAUCACGCUGUCACCACCCUUGCCAGAAAUUGGCCGUUGGAAAACCUGAAUAUAAAACAAUCAUCGAAACAAGCUUGCCGGGUGUACAUUGCCUCUUCGACGAAACUGUGAUGGAGGUGAUGUGGGGCCUAAAACAUCUCAUGCAUAGUUUAGUUCCCCAGGAAAAACUGACGCUCACAAAGGAGGAUCGCUUGCCAAUGAGCCAAGGACUAAAAAUGUUCCUGUAUCAUUAUGGCUUUGAUGUCAAACCGGAGUUGGUUAAUGAGCAGGUUGUUAAUGCGGCAUGCCUCUUGCGUGAUGCUGGAUUGAUCAUGGAGAGCCACUCUGAACAACUGCGCUGGGCUGCUGGCCAGUUGAAGGAAGUGUCUGGCAUUAACCCGGAAGGCUGGUCCGCGAUGAAGACGGCGACGGCUCUGACGAUCAUGUUUGACCCUGUAGAAAUAACUGACGAUGAGAUGGAGGUAAUGUUUUGUAAAUGAUUAACAUUUUAUUGAAUUUUGUCAUUCAUGCAAUUCAAUACACCCUUUCUUUCAAAUUUUUACUGAACAAGAGUUAUCAACCCUGGAGAUGACUUGCCAUAAAUAUGAGGAUAUUAUUUACAAGGACUUUAGCCUGAAGAUCCACAGUGAUCUUGUGGAGAUGCGUGAAGUUAAGAAGGAUGCCCUGGGAGCACUGGGCUUCUUGCUUGGAUCAAGCGCGUGAUGAGAUAAAGCCGAUACUUUUCUAGUUUGUUAACUAGUUAGUAUGUGGGUAGAAGUGAUCCUGGGUGGUGAGGCUGCCACUGCCCAUCCAAGAAC